GUCACAUGCUGAAACCGUGUGUGCCAAAGCCGAGUGUGAAAGUUUUAGGAAAACCACUAGAAUAGACGAAUGUUGUUCGAAUAUUUACUUUUGAAGAAUGUGAUGUGUGUUUCUAAGUUGCUUUGAGUCGAGUUUAUGGUGAUUUGUCAGAGAGGCUCUGGGCAGAAGAGAAUGUGAAACCUGCCAUUGGUUUACAGGCCUGGGAGUUCACUGAGGGCGCUGGCUGGCUGCACAACAUCAUCAAGCUCUGCCUGGUCAAAAUGAACACCCAAGUGCUAAUUAUUCUAUCAGUUGUUCUUUCUCCAGGUCUUUUUGCAGCUGGUUCAUGUGGAGCUUCUGUGCCCGUGAAAGAGGGAGAUUCAGUCACCCUAUCCACUGAUGUUAAAAUUAUCCAGGAGCAAGAUUUCAAAUGGUAUUUUAAUGACACUCGCAUAGCUCAAAUAAAUGGAGAUCGCCGUUUUACCUGUACAGAUGUUAAGUGUAAUGAAGGUACUGAGAGAUUCAGAAACAGACUGCAGCUGGAUCAUGAGACUGGAUCUCUGACCAUCAUCAACACCAGAACCACAGACUCUGGAAAUUAUUCACUACUCAUUUUCAGCAAAGAAAGACAUCCUGAAAAAAUCUUCCGAGUCUCUGUCUAUGCGGUCUCUGCUGCGCCACUAAUUGAAGUGAGGAACAUUUCAGUGGAAGAGGGAAAAUCUGUGGAUUUGGAUUCCGGUGUGGCAAGAAAACCAAAUGGUGACCUGAUGACCUGGCAUUUUAAUGACAUCCUCAUUGCUGAGGUCACUGGAGAACAGAUUAGGAUUUGUGCAAACGACCAGUGCAUAAAGCUAUUUAAGGACAGACUGAAGCUGGACAAUCACACUGGAUCUCUGACCAUCACGAACAUCACAACUGAACACGCUGGACUAUAUAAUCUACACAUGGUCAGCAGCGGAUCCAGCAUCCGUCGCCGCCGUCGUGAAAACGGCAAGCCCAUCAAAAUCUUCCAUGUUGAUGUCACUAAAGCCGGUCUGUCUCCUGCCAUUAUAGCAGCAAUAUGUGUAGCUGUUGCUCUUCUCAUUGCUGCACUGUCUGGAUGGUAUUACUAUAAAAAGAACAAACGAAGAAAUAACAGUGGUGAAAUACAACAGAGAGAUGAGCCAGGUCAGAAUAUGACUCCGUUGAUGACCGCUUCAGAUUCUGCUGCAAACGGGAGUUCACAGCUGACGUCAUAACGCGAGGUAGCAGAUGAAGACCUGUUGGGCAUUAAAGGACUAGAGAUGAAGAGACCAACACCACUACCAGAAAUAGGCAGGAUCAUACACAAAUGUAUUUGAAAUGCAAAUUUAAUACCCAGACAUCCCAAGUCGAUCAAAGUAUUAAGUUACAACCAAUUUCAUUAUUGGUACCUUUGGUGUUCCUUGUGAAUCAAUGUUUCAUUCAGGACCUCAUUCAGGGAUAUUGUUGUAGCUUGUAAUUAUACACUUCAUUUUUUCUUAGGUCUGUGGGAUGCACUUCGUAUUUAAUACAAUGAUAAUGUGUAGUCCUAAAAUGUGUUUGCAUCAGCAAGACACAACUAAUACGUAAGGUCAGUUAGUGUGUCUUUAUUUACUCACCCAUGGCUUAAUUCAAUGGUUUAUUUAAUGAAUCUUUAUUUCUAUAAUGAUUUUACAAUGUAGAUGGUGUCAGAGCUGCUUAACAUUGAAUUUCUAGUAGAUUGAAACUCUCAGUCCAGAUUUCAGAGUUGAAUCUCCGUUCAGUGUGUUGUAAUAUUCACUGCUGAAAGUCCAAACACUGGAGAGCAAAUCUAUCGAUGUGCAGCUUCACAAGUCCCAAACCAAGCAAUUUACAAGGUUACAGGUUUUCAACAUUCUUAAAAUCCUAUCUCAAUCUUAUUUUGUGUAGGGAAAGGGAAAAAAGAUUAGCUGGUUUGAAACAAGUCACGGUUGGGUAAACGAUGACAGAAUUAACAUUUUUGGGUGAACCAUCCCUUUAUUUAGUGCUAUGGUUAACACCAGCUACUGCAGUGACCCUACUAUUGACUGAAAUGUAAUAGUUCAGUGUCUUGAAACUAGGGCUGUGCGCUAUGGGCAAAAGAAACCAAUCAUCAUAUUCUUGAACUAUUGUGAUUUUAAUUUUAAUUACAACUUCGUCACACACAGAGACAUUUUACAGUGUGAAUCUGAAACACGUUUCCAAAGGAAAACAAUUAGAUCAUUAUCAAAGACCUGUAAGAUUUCUCUAAUACAGACAUAAGGCAAAAAAUUAAAUAAAAAUCACUUAGUAAAGGUCGAACAAAUUGUCUAGAACAGACCUACAGUAUGGCAAAACAAAUAAAUUGUGCGCGCACACGUCAAACUCAAGAUCAUGCACCGAUGUUCUCUUUGACCACAUAUCAGAAGUAGUUGCAUGUACUUUUCUACGUAUCCACAGAUACCAUGCAUGGAUCAUAGACCUCUUUAUGACACUGCCGUGAAUUCAUAUAUCGCAUCUUUUGUGUGCUUUAGUCCGUUAUUUCCAAUGGAGGUGCACAGCUUGCGUUCACAUGUUGAGAGCCACACGCUCUUGGGUAUUCCUGGCACCCCUAGUUGAAAACAUCUCUUUUCAGACAAACUUUUUAAAUGUAACUUCAGAAUGCCGCACUGCGAGUCACAUAACCAGAACUGACUGAUAAGCUUCAUAAUUUGUAUAGAAUAUGCACAUAACCAGAACUGACAGAUAAGCUUCAUAAUUUGUAUAGAAUAUGCACAUUUUCAUUCAUUCAUUCAUUUUCUUUUCGGCUUAGUCCCUUUAUUAAUCCGGGGUUGCCACAGCGGAAUGAACCGCCAACUUAUCCAGCAUAUGUUUUACACCUUCCAGCCGCAACUCACACACUCAUUCACUAUGGACAAUUCACCUGUACCACAUGUCUUUGGACUGUGGGGGAAACCGGAGCACCCGGAGGAAACCAACGCGAACACGGGGAGAACAUGCAAACUCCACACAGAAGCGCCAACUGACCCAGCCGAGACUCGAACCAGCGACCUUCUUGCUGUGAGGCAACAGCACUACCUACUGCGCCACUGCGUCGCCUAUAUACACAUUUUUUGAUAGGCUUAUUACCUCAGACAAACGCAGAACACUCAAACACUGCAGUGCUUUUUAAUUUUCUCCAUUAAUAAAACUUGUAUCAGAGCUGCAGCAAUGUUUUGUUAGUUUGUCAUCCUCUGAGAAAAUGAUUGAUGGUCUCCUAGCAAAGACAAAGGAGCGCGUUAAAAAUGCUGAAGGAAGCGAUGCGCCUCACGCUUUCCACACGCUAUAAGACGCAAUAUAAAACUGACCUACAAAUGACCGUUUUCUGCGAUACAUCAGCCUUCCUGUUUCCAAAGCAAUUCCACGCCACAGAUGUUGACUUUUUUUUGGCACCAAGUCCUCCUGUGCUGAACUCAUCUCUGUUCAGUCUCCAUGUCCAAAUCGCGAUGUCGAAUUCGAUUUCAAAUAAUCGCACAGCCCUACUUGAAACAGGUCUGCUGACGAGUAUUUUAUUUAUCACAUUGGAAUUCGGGGUUUACUAAAUUUUUGCUGAGUUUUCAAAUACAUGUUUACUGAUGCUGCACAAGUUACAAAUCUAUCCGCUGCUGUCCUGAGACUGAUAGAAAGUAGAGAGACAUGGUGUAAUUUAUUUAUAUAACAUCAGUUUGAGGCAUGUUUGAUGAACUGAUCUAACUGUUAACUAAAAGCAGUACUGAUAGCUAGCUGAUAAAAUGAAAAAUGCUAAUUGUCUGACCAAGUAUCUCACCCUUAUAUUGAGAAGCUAUGUAUAGGAUGGAUUGUGGUACGGUAUAAGAAGGUACAGGAUAGAGCAUAUAUGCAAGUUAUCAAUAAGGGAAAGCAUUUCUCUCUCUCUCAAGUUUCUCUCAUGCACUUUUAUUCUUGUACUUCAUGCUUUUUCACUCAAGCUUUUGCCUGACAGCACACUUUAAAGGUAAUGGUAUGGACUGUGCACUGUUUGUUUACAAGUUUCUUGUAUUUCACCUCAUUUUUUUGUAUUUGAUUGAUUGUUUCAAGCUGUGAAGCCAUUCGGGCCAGGAAAAUGCCAUUUAAUGGCUCAUUCUUUAUUUUGAUACACUAAAAUUAAAACUUAGCUUCACUGCCCAGAAUAGGAAAUCCAGCAUUUAUAUUAUGUAGCCCUCGUCUUAUUAAUGUUCUAGUGUUUUUGACUAUAAUCACAUAACUUCUUUUCAUUUUAGGUUUGACCCCCCCUAGGGUUUAUGGGUGACAAACUAAAAUAAUUUUUUUUGUAGUUGUGAGAUUUUUUUAAAUUAUUUUAUUUAUUUUUUUUUUUACUUCAAAAAAAAAACAAAAUAGUUGAAGUUCGUGGCUAAAUUGUAUUAACUAAAAUAGAAAAUACUACAAUUUUCCUGGCUCUGUGGCUGAAACAAAAACAUGUGAAACGGGUAGCAAACAAACUUUAAUAUAUGAAUGUACUGUAGCUUUUUGAAUAUUUUUGUAGCGUGUUUUAAUUUGUCCACAUUCCUUGUUUGUGUGUGUGUAAGAGAUUGCACUGCUGAAACUAAGUCACUUUGCCAAAUUUGUCUUGCCACUUUAUAUUGCUGUUUUCUAUCUUCUUUUUUUAAUAAACCUUAUUUAAUAGCCUUACAUUUUACUUUUGUAUAAAAAAGGAUU